CACUCGGCGAAGGUGGAAGAAAGUCGUGUUUUGGAAAAUUUCCUCCCUCGGAAAUCACAAAAUCCCCCAGAAGAUCCAGUGAAAAACCACCGCGAGGUGAGUCAGUGUGUAGAUUGCACAGCACGAGUGGCGCGGGAGUGGAUUCCAGUGCGAUAAGGUGCACGUGGAGUGCGGAAAGUGGGUGGAAAAGUGGAUGAUAAUUGACGGCGUCUUAACCUCCAAAAAGAAAGCCGUGCGAGUGGAAAAGGAGGAAUCUGAGAGGGGGGUUAAUUUAUGGCAUCUUAUUGAUCCUCCUGCGCGGCCGAGGAGAGACAGCUGAAGCCCCUUCGAGACGAGUCGCCAGGCACUCUCGCGCAAUAUUCACACCCUCACCAGAGGCCGGCGGCGGGAGCGGAAAGGGGGCAGGCGACGAGACUUGCUUGAGGAAGCGCAGCGCAAACGGCGCAGAAUGCUGGGCGGCAGCAAUCCGGGGCGCUUCGGCGGAAGUGCCGCCGGACCCGUGCGUCUCACGGGCGUGAGUGGCUUCGAGGGGCGCGUGAAUGACGUGAUCUACUGUCCGCCGCUGCAGAAGCCCGGCGAGGGAGACUCAGAGGAGCCGGAGAACACGGCCGUCGUGUACUUUGGCGGUGACAUUCAGGAUUUUCCGGAGAAUAUGCAAAUCCAUCGCGACAGCAAGGCCUACAUUAAGUAUAAUCUGGAGAACACGGCGCUGAUGCUGAGGAAUAACUUCCCAAAGUCUCACAUUGUGAUAAUAAAGGCCGUCAGGAUGGAAUUCAAGACAUUCAGCUGUUAUGACAACUUCGUGAGGGGCUGCAAUGCCGGCAUUCCCGAUCACACGCCCAUGAAUCACGCGCUGCAACAUCUGGAGAAACUCCUGCAGAACAUCCCAGUGAGGAUCCGGGCGAUUCCGGAGAAUGAACUGAUCAGUCAAAUUACGGCGUGCGCGAAUUCUGCCGCCGCUUCGAGUACAGCGACGAGCGCCACGGCGACGAGUGCAACGGUGACGUCGAAUGCAGCGGCGCAGGACACUGGGCAGGACAUGGACAUUGACAUUCUUCAGGUGCAGGACACGAACGUUGAGUCAGACAGCGGCAUUGGCUUCACCUGCAAAGACAACACAUGCAAUUCAAUUCCUCGAUUGCCGACGGAUUUGUCUCUCGAUCUGCUGCAAGCCACUGAGGACUCCGUGGGCUCAGUAGGCGCUCCCAAUGCGGCGGAUUUGCUGUGGUGGCGCGACGGAUUGAAUCUGGACAAGGCGACACUCACGCUGAUCGCAUUCAGCAAGGGUAGCGUGGUGCUGAAUCAGUUCAUCUACGAGUUCCACUACCUGAAGACACUCACGCCCGACGACAGCAGCAUGAUGAGGCUGGUGUCGCGCAUCCGCGACAUGUACUGGCUGGACGGCGGCCACAGCGCGCCCAAGAACACGUGGCUGACGUCGCGGAGCCUCCUGGAGACGCUCACGCGCCUCAACAUCAAUCUCCACGUGCACGUGACGCCGUAUCAGGUGCUGGACGAGCGACGGCCGUGGAUCCGGCGCGACGAGAAGGCCUUCACGGAUCUGCUGAAGCGCCUGGGGGCGCCGCUGACGCGCGUGCUGCACUUCGACUCGGGCGUCACGAACCUCUUCACGCACUUCGAGGUGCUGGAAGUGUUCCGGCAGCCCGUGGAGGCGCCGGCGCAGCCCGAGGCGGCGCCCAGUGAGGCCGCGCAGAGCACAUCUGCCGGCCAACCCGCGGCCGCGACCACGGAGACGGCCAAGAAUGCCGACGGCGAGGAGAACUGACAGAGAUGCAGAGUGCAGCGCAUGUCCGCCGAGUGAAUGUCCUAUUUUGUGCGUGAAUUGACUUCCUUCCCGUAAUUGUGAGUGUGAAUUAACUCGUUAAUUCCUCGUGUAUCCUAAUGGAGAGAUCAUCCUUAUCAUGAUUAUUAUUAUUUUGUCUCCGAUUCGACGUUCGAAUCGUUUUUUUUAAUGGAACGUAAUUGACAGGCAUUUAACACUGCGAGACUUCUUUGAGCUCCUCCUCUUUAUCAAUUUGUAAAUGCAAUUAAUGGCAUCUUUUUUUGGCAAGCUAGUCUCGAAGGGUUUUUGAAAAGAAAAAAAAAUGAAUUUCUAUUUAUCAAUAUAGAAUUGUGAGCAAGAAGAAGAAGCGCAUUCAAACUCUAUAGUUUCUGUCAAUGUAGAGUGUAGAUUUUCGUCCCUCGUGAAAAGAAACCUGUGGUUUUUUCACAAAUUGUAAAUAAGUUUGUCGUCUCUUUUCUUUGAAAUGUAACAAGAAAAACAAAAGGAUGGAAAACAUAUACCGAAUUAUCUCUAUUUUGGAAUGUGAAAAUUGUAUUAGAAUGGCAAAUUCUCGAAACAAAUUUCGUUCAAGAAUUCACUGAAUUUUAUUCUUGUGUUAAACACAUUACCAAAAAUAAAAAGAAAAACAAUUGUAUAAGGUUGAGAAGAAGAAAAAAAAAUAUCACAGAGACAAAAAUGAAGAAAAAUGAAGAGAAUUAAUAAAGAGAAAAACUAUCAGGAAAA